AUGGGUACAUUCAUCUCGCGAGCGUCUCGCGAAUUUCUCUCCAACUGCACGCGAACGCGAGUGUUCUGCCUCCAAUCUCCCCUGUCCCUCGUUGCUUCCUCUUGCGGUUACCUUUGCGGCGCGUCUUGGUGGACUAGUGGAGACGUGGAUCUUCGCUAG